CCCACGCUGCCAGACUGUAAACAGAAGCUCACAGUGAGUUUAACAGAGUUACUGACACUUUGCUAUGCGGUGGUGUUUUUAUUAAGGUUUAAAGACGCACAGACAUGAAGAACAGAGGCGGUGGAUUUGUGGACAGUCGGCUCAGACAGAGAGUGGAGCAGUAUUUGGAGACCUGCACCAGUCAGUAUGUGGACCUGUCGGCCCUGGCCCUGGAGCUUCAGAGACUGUACAGAAUGGAGUACGGCAGAAGAAACAAGACGGCUUUCAGGAUUCAGGUGGAGAAAGUGUAUGAGGUCAUCAUGAAGGAGUCGGGGCUGAAUCAUCUGGAGAGCAAACAUUUGGCCAAGAGAGCCAAACACAGCCACAAUGACACCGGUGAGGGCAGCAGCAGCAGCUCAGAGGAGUCCUCCAACACUGAUGACCACCUCAUGGACAACACCCCCACCAACCACAUGAACAGUUCUCUUACGUCUCUGUACCGGAAGGGACAGCCGGACUCCAGCACGUCCUCGCCCAGGAGAGAUCAGCCUGCUGCCAGCGCUCCUUCCAGUACAGCCAGCGCUCCUCCCAGUGCGAGCACACUGGUUUCCACAGGAGGCUGGUUCAUUGAUAGAGGCAGAGGCCCAGAGAAGAACGUCUUCAUUGACCUGUGUGAAGAGGAGCCAGCUGAUACAGCAGCAAAUCAGACAGAUGUGUCCAUGCUGGAGCCUGAGAAACAUCCCAAAAAGUCAAAGAAAAGGACGAAGAGCUCCACUGAAGCUACAGAGUCUCGCACCCUGAAUAAGAAAGCAAAGUCAAAGUCUCCAGAGCUGCAGUAUCCCACCCUGAAGUUUGAAGAUGUGGGAGGAAAUGAAGAGACAUUAACGGAGGUGUGUAAGCUGCUGAUCCACAUGCGUCACCCAGAGGUGUACCAGCAGCUGGGCAUGGUUCCUCCGAGGGGUUUCCUCCUCCACGGACCUCCCGGCUGUGGAAAGACCCUGCUGGCCCAGGCUGUGGCCGGGGAGCUGCAGCUGCCCAUGCUGAAGGUGUCUGCUCCGGAGCUGGUGUCCGGCGUGUCUGGAGAGUCUGAACAGAAGCUCAGAGAGCUCUUCGACCUGGCUGUGAGCUCCUCCCCGUGUAUCCUGUUUAUAGAUGAGAUAGAUGCCAUCACGCCUAAGAGAGAGGUGGCUUCGAAAGACAUGGAGAGGAGGAUCGUAGCCCAGCUGCUCACCUGCAUGGACGACUUGAACAGUGUGACAGUGACAGCUCAGGUCCUCGUCAUCGGCGCCACCAACCGGCCGGACUCCCUGGACCCCGCCCUCCGCAGAGCAGGACGCUUCGACAGAGAGAUCUGCCUAGGGAUCCCUGAUGAAGCUGCUCGGCUCAGGAUCCUGCAGACGUUGUGUCGGAAGCUGAAGCUGCCGGAGGACUUUGACUACCAGCAGCUGGCGCGGCUCACCCCGGGCUACGUGGGCGCUGACCUCAUGGCUCUGUGCCGAGAAGCCGCCAUGAGUGCCGUCAACCGGGUCCUGCUGGAAAUAAGAGGACGGACACAGAACCAGAACCAGAGCUCCUCCACAGAGCAGGUAGCUAACAACGAUCAGACUGAGGCUGCUGCAGACGGAGAGGUCAGAGAGCAGCAGCCUGCAGACAUCAACCCGGAACCUCAGGAGGAGGCAGCGCCGACUGAGAAGCAGCAGGGGGAGCUGUGGCACCUGCUGCAGCUGCUGAAGAGCACAGAGACGCUGUCAGAGGAAGAGCUGGCCGGCCUCUCCAUCCUCAUGUCUGACUUCAAGGCCUCUCUGUCCAGCGUCCAGCCGUCAGCCAAGAGGGAGGGCUUCGCCACGGUGCCUGACGUCACCUGGGACGACGUGGGAGCCCUGCAGGACAUCAGAGAGGACCUCACCAUGGCCAUUCUGGCUCCGGUGCGUUCUCCAGAGCAGUUCAGGGCUCUGGGGCUUAGCGCUCCAUCAGGUGUGCUGCUGGCUGGACCUCCAGGAUGUGGAAAAACUCUGUUAGCUAAGGCAGUGGCCAAUGAGUCAGGCCUCAACUUCAUCUCUGUUAAGGGUCCAGAGCUGCUCAACAUGUAUGUGGGAGAGAGUGAGCGCGCUGUCAGACAGGUCUUCCAGAGAGGACGCAACUCAGCUCCUUGUGUCAUCUUCUUCGAUGAGAUUGAUGCUCUGUGUCCUCGCCGCUCAGGCCAUGAGUCAGGAGCCAGUGUGCGGGUGGUGAACCAGCUGCUCACGGAGAUGGACGGCUUAGAGACACGACGGCAGGUCUUCAUCAUGGCUGCGACCAACAGACCAGAUAUCAUAGACCCCGCCAUACUGAGGCCAGGCCGUCUGGAUAAAACCUUGUAUGUGGGUCUGCCGCCUCCAGCAGACCGCCAUGCCAUCCUGCUCACCAUCACUAAGGGAGGCACCAGACCUCAGCUGGAGCAGGAUGUCUGCCUGAAAGAGAUCGCCUUUGACGAGCGCUGUGAUUGCUUCACUGGUGCUGACCUGACGGCGUUGGUGAGGGAAGCGUCUGUAAAUGCCCUGAGGGCCUACCUGAAGUCCCAGCAUUCCUCAGCUUCUGCUCCAGGUCACACACUCUCCUCCGGCUCUGUCACCAACAUCCGAGUCAGCAAACUCAACUUUGAGGACGCCUUCAACAAAGUUCGACCGUCUGUGUCCAAAAAGGACCAGAAGAUGUAUGAGCAGCUCAGAGAGUCCCUCAGCAGAUAACUACGGGACCAGAACCAGAACCAGAACCAGCAGCGGGUCAGCUCUGACUUUAGCUUAGUGAUGAAUAAUUCGACCUCAUGUUUGUAUGAAAUUUUUAUUAUGGUCAUACGUGCUUUUAUAAUAAAAAGUGUGUAGAAACC